UCUCCAGGGUCUGACUUUGUAGUCCGUGGUAGUGAGACUAAAAAAGUAAGCAAUGGAUAAAAGAAAGGAUGGAGUGGUCAUAGAUGAGCAGAGAGGAAAAAAGACAGAAGGAGGGGUGGGAUGGACAGAGAGGUGAAGAUAAACUGCCCACUGCAGAUUAUUACGGGACAAGAGAGGGCAAGAGAAGCGAGUGAGAGAGGGAGGGAGAAAGACCUGAACUGUACAGUACAAGUUGGAAGAGAUAGAAGCACUUGAUGCUGACUCUGUGGAAAGCGAAUGAAAAGAUGAGGAUGCUUCAGAAGCCCUAAGACAGAGGAGAAGACAAUCUGCAUUACUCCCUCCUUUCAGAAAUCCACAGGACCACUCCCAAGACGUAACUUCAAACUUGAUGGACCAUUUAACAAGAUUCUGAAGGAGGCCAAAAACUAAAAAGGAACAUAUUUAGGAUUCCCUGCUGUGGAUUUACGCCCCGUCCUGGUUAAAGGUGGAUAUGACUGCUCCUCUACAUCCAUGCAUGCUAUGAAGGAUUUUCCUGUUUUUUUCCACUGCCACAAGAAGUACUUUGUAGCAUUACUGCUGAUUUUCACCUGGUUUAAUAGACAGGAGGCCUCUGAAUGCUUUGGAUGUCAAUGUCAUAUUCAGCAGGUUGCCCAGAAUUCGAGAUGCCAGCUUGUCCUUGACAGAUCCCUCUUCUCCCAGUCUUCAGUGUCGCAGUUACAAAGGAAGUGCCAGAUGCUGAUCCAGCAUAUAACUAAACUGAAUAUUACUCUAAUGACUGGUUCAUGGACUAUGAUUUGAGUUUGAGGCACUAGGGUGUACAUUUGUGUCAAAUUUCCGUGUCAAAUCAAAACCAAGAAGAUCAAGAUUUAAGAGCCACUUAGGACUUGUGAAAUAUGAUCAUUUCGAAAGUGUGUGUGUGUGUCCAAUGUUCUUGUCCAUCAAAGUCGCAAUUCCAAAUUGUUUUUCUAUGGAUCUAAUGAAAGAAUUUCUCUAGGCUUGUCUCUUGUGCCUCUUAUGUUACACCGCAACUUACACCAGUGGAUCAACAGCCUGGAAUACUGCGAAAGCUGCAGCAUUGCUGCAGUAGCUCUUCACGGCAGAGUUUAAAAUGCUCUUGUCUGUUGUUGACUCUUGCAAAUAACAUUUGUGGCCAAGAAUGGCUUUUACACAUCUGGUCUGUGUAAGAGAACUGCAAUCCAGCUCUUUAUUUAUGCGAUGGGGCUCUCAAGAAGAAUGACCUAACAUGGAAAGACUGACUUCUACUCGCAUAACUAAAAUAAAUGUAACUAGACAGAACUGCCUUUCCCAUACACCCAGAGGUCUGCUAGGUUGACGUUCUGCCAUAAAUAUCCCCUGAUUUUCCCUUUUAAUAUUCAUCUUAGGAACUGAUUAAAUUAAUUGCCACUUUCCUUUCGAGUGCCCCUACUUCUGCUACCAUGUUAUAUUGGCUGAUUUGACUUUGUUCCUUCUUAGUAUGCACUAGCGAGCCCCUCCUCACUUACAGAUUAAUACGAUCACUUCCAUUAAUUCUUGAAGUUCUUGUGCCAAGAGCCUUAAAUCAUUGCAGUCAUGAGUAUUCAGGGAAUGGAACUUUUUGCAAUUGGAGUGGUCAUCGUACUUUUUGUGGCUGUUCUAAAGCAGUUCGGCAUUCUGGAACCCAUGUCGUUGGAAGAGAGUAGUGACAGUGACCUCGAGCUGUCGACGGUGAGACAUCAGCCCGAGGGUCUGGAACAGCUGCAGGCUCAGACCAAAUUCACCAAGAAGGAGCUGCAGUCCCUCUACAGGGGCUUCAAAAAUGAGUGCCCAAGUGGUUUGGUUGAUGAGGAAACUUUCAAGACCAUCUACUCUCAGUUCUUUCCCCAAGGGGAUGCCACCACAUAUGCCCAUUUUCUGUUUAAUGCAUUUGACCUGGACAGAAAUGGCUCAAUUCGUUUUGAGGACUUUGUGAUUGGUCUGUCAGUGCUGCUGAGAGGAACGGUCACUGAAAAGCUCAGCUGGGCUUUCAACCUUUACGACAUCAACAAGGAUGGAUACAUCACUAAAGAGGAGAUGCUGCUAAUCAUGAAGUCAAUCUACGAUAUGAUGGGCAGGUAUACCUACCCCAGUGUGAGAGAUGACACUCCAUCUGAACAUGUGGAGAAGUUCUUCCAGAAAAUGGACAGGAAUCGAGAUGGUGUGGUCACUAUUGAGGAGUUUAUUGAGACCUGUCAGAAAGAUGAGAACAUCAUGAACUCCAUGCAGCUCUUUGAAAAUGUGAUAUAGAAUGUGAGUGGAACAAUCUCAAACUAAAAGAAACCCUUAAUGUCCCCAAACAGCACUCUAAACCAUGUCUAUAUACCAAAAUAGCAAAGCAGUCACUCUCUGCCCUGUCCUGUAGCACUACUCCCAUGCCUGCUGCACUCUGUAGAAUCUUAUAGACUAACACAUACAGUAGGCUACUGUAUGUUCUCACAGUUUGUACUUCACAGUGGGACUUCUUUAAAAAUACAAGACAGAACAGCUGGGAUCCCUCUUGUGGCUAAACAGUGGCAAUCAUGCGGUGGAGCUUUUGGAUCAGAAUGAACAAUUGUAUCACUGCUUUAUGGAUUCCAAUGGAUUCCACCCUGGACUGCUUUCUUCUGCCUUUUGAAUGAGGGAAAUGACAACACUAGAUCUCAACAUUCCAGAUACCACUGUACAGUAAUUAUGGAUUUCAAGGGACCCAAAGUAAUCUUUAACACUAAAGACAAUUUAAAGCACAUCAGAGACUACACAAGCAGUGAAAAAUAUUAUAUUCACCAAAACAACAAAAUAAAUGUGAUUGGGGUUGGGGAGGGAGGGGUGGACAUGAAGCAUGUGAGAUAUUAGUGAUUUUCUUGCAUGGAGACUGACAACGUUGUACACUUUCUUCCUUGUAAGCCUGUAGGUCUCACUGAAGACUGUCAGCAACCUAAAGAAACUGUAUGCGUGAAGUAACAGUGUACCCGUGUUUAUAAGUUCUGCUCAGUCCUGGAUUGCACAAAUCAGUUGGACCAGGAUGAUUUGUUUGGUCACAUUUGAUUCUUGCACAGAAAUUAUAUUUAAAAUAUAGGCAUUUUAGGAGGUCUGCUUUAACAUUUGACUGAAGUAUGUGUGAUUUAUUUUAAGGAAUGCAUUUGUCAAGCAGUGUCAAGUGGAAUGCAGGGUUCGGGCACAAACUGAAAUACCCAGUUUAUUAAUAAUGUGGUUUACAAAUUUCAUUAAAAUGAUUUAGAUUUUGUUAUAUAGGUUAUAUUUGAAACAGACUGAUUUAAAUAUGUGAGAGUGUAAUGUUUCAUUGUGGGUUCCCACAGUCAUGGUAAUCCUGGAAAUAUCAAGGAAUUUUGAAAUUGUGGUGGAAAAUUACAUCUUGGGAUUUUGGAAAAGUCAUGAAAAAUUACACAUUCCAAUAGUGAAAUAUAUAUGUUUCUCAUUAUGCUCAGCUCUGAAAUAUGUCAUUGUCUAGAAAUUGCUCUUUGUGAGUGCAAUCUUUAUCAAUCAAUAACAAAUGACUGAUAAUCAUGGAAAUUUAUUGGUAAUAAUAUGUGGGAACCCUGGUCUUUAUGCUUCCAUGGAGCACAGUAAUAAAGCAUACAAAAUGGGUAAUUCACUUCC